AUGUCUACACGAUCUCUCUUGUUGGCCGCAACAGCAGCGACCACGAUUUCCGCAACUUUCAGCGCAACCUCGAACACGAAUGUGAACCCAUCCAUCGACAUUGUCAAUAUUGGAUUUGUCAAUGUCUUUCCGGAUCAAGGACCAGGCGGCUGGCCAGGCACGAACUUUGGUAAUCAGUGCUCUGGUGAGGUUUACGUGCACAAUGGAGUGAACACAACGCUGCAGAAGUCAUGCCCGUAUAUCGAACAGGACAUUAAGACUUGCCAGACGACGUAUGGCAAGAAGGUUUUCUUGUCGCUUGGCGGUGCAAACCCCAACAACUACUACCUCGACAGCGAUACAUCUGGAGAGAGCUUCGCUGAUUUCCUUUGGGGCGCAUUUGGUCCGGCAUCUGCGAACAAUGGUCAACCUCGGCCAUUUGGAAGUGCUGUAGUAGAUGGGUUUGACUUUGACAUCGAGAGUGCAAUCAACCCUGCGCCGACAGACGCGAACGGCAAGACCAUCGCAUACGCUACGAACGGAUAUGCUGCGAUGAUCAACCACUUCAAGAAUGACCUCUACACACAAGAUGUCACCAAGAGCUACUACAUCUCUGGUGCACCGCAGUGCUCUCUGCCAGACGUCCACCUCACAAGCGUCAUUUCAGCAGCGUGGUUCGAUUUUGUGUUCAUCCAGUUCUACAACACUCCCGCCUGCAGCGCUCGUGCAGGAAUCAACCACCUGAAUGGCCAAGGUAGCGAUGAUAUCUCCUUCGCCUCGUGGCAACAAUCCGCGUCGCUGAAUCCUGCCGUCAAAUACUACAUCGGCCUUCCUGCGGCGAAAGCUGCAUCGAGCGACGACUCCUACUAUUUGACCACGCUCGAGGCGCAGAAGAUCGUGAAGGAAUUCGCCAACACUACAUCUUUCGGUGGCGUCAUGCUUUGGGAGGCCACAUAUGACCAGAACAACACUAUCUGCGGCAGCCCGUACUCCGUGUGGAUGAAAGAAAUUGUCACUGCAGCUGUGCAGGGUACCACCUUCGAUGCCGACACCACCAGCAAGUGUCCAGCUCUGAUUGUCUCGCCCGAUGUGCUGCAGCCAGUACGGGUACUGUGGUUCUACACCCGAUUACUGUGGCACCGGCUGCAACUCUCUCGCUGGAUUGUGUGGAAGUGCAGCCUCGUCCAGCUCGUCAUCGACCGUGUCAACUACUUCAACAAGGAGCAGCUCUACAGUCUCUAUUGUGUCGACUACAUCGGCUACUUCUACCUCGACAAGAAGCUCGCGCAUUUCAACAUCCACAAUUUCGUCCACCGUAUCAUCGAGCACGUCUACCAGAAGCAGUACUUCGUCCACAUCCACAAGCUCGCAAAGCUCUACAUUGUCCGCUACAUCGACUUUCACGAGCUCUUCUGUGUCUUCAAGCAGCACAGUCUCGAGUUCAGCGUCAAGCAGCGUUUCCAGCUCGACAUCGUCUCUUUCGACCUCGAGCAGCCUUUCAAGCCUCAGCACAUCUUCACCUGUGAGCACAUCCACCACGUCUUCUUCUGCAAACAUCAGCACGAGCUCUACUUCGCUUAG